AGCCUCAUUCUUUGCCCACUGACAUGUGUGUCACCUAACUCCUCAUGAAUCAUUCAGCCUGGGAGAGAAAGUGCUUCCUAUUUCCCUGAGAACUGUCUCAGACUAUGGUACUCAACAUUGCGAGAUGAUGCACGAAGCUAGGGACUGUUACUGGCUGGUCCUUCUCUGGUGGUUCUGUAGCCUACUAAGGAUUACUUUUGGGUUAAAUGCAACACAAAUCCGUCAGCGCCAGCUCCCUUGUCAGCCAGGUCACUACUGUCCAGAAGGCAGUGAAUUUGCAGUGCCAUGUCCCAGAGGAAUGUUUGCACCAAGUUUUUGGGCUAGGGACAUCAGCGGCUGUAUCAGAUGCCCUCCACAUCACUAUGGUCCCACAGAGGGCCUGGCUUCCUGUCUGCCCUGUGGAUCCAGAGCACAACAGCCUCUACCUGGCCAGGAUAAAUGUGUAUGCCUAGCAGAGGGUCAAGUCUUCCAGGCCAGCGAUGGGCAGUGUCAGUGUACCUUGGGGUACCGUGCUACACAAAGAGGAGAUGUCUGUGAGCUAAAGAUAUAUGAAAUCUGCAAAGAUGGACAAACACGGGAUCAGUAUGGCAAGUGUCUGGAUCACAGGCAGUGGAAACACAUUUGUACUCAUGAGGUGUGUGCAUCUCCACAACUGUAUGAAGGCUAUGAUGCUUCCCUGAGUCUGUGUGUCUGCAAAAGUCUGACUGACUCGGGAAGAAAUGAGUGCUCAGGACGGUGUGGAGAUAGGAUGAGACCUGUGUUGCAGCUGGUGUGCAGUUCUGCUGUCCUUACACUGCUUUACACUGAGGCAAAUAGACAGGUGAGUGCAUCAGGAAGCGCGCUUUUAUCUGUCCUCAAACAUUGGGAGUCCAGAGGAAGGCUGCGGUGUGAGCAGCAUCACGGCUUCUCCAGGCCUGUGUACACAAUACAGACGAGGGAAAGUGGCUUCUAUGGGUUCCUCCGCACUAUUCCAACAGAAGUCCGGAUGUUGAUCUUGGAAGGUAGUGAAGUGAGUGACAGUUUUGUUGAGAUCAUGAACAGCAACAGCAUGGGAAACCAUACCUACACGGAUAUGGAAUUAUAUUGGUCCAUGGGUUCUGCUUCAAAAGGAGCCAGGAAUAGAGAAGCCACUCAAGUGAUGAACCCGAUAGCUUGCUUGCAUCUGGAAGAUAUUCUUUUAUUCACUGUGACCAGGCACCAUUAUCCACAGUAUGACCUUGAGAACUUAUUCAACACAAAUGCUGCUUACGACUGGGGAGUCUUUAGAGUGUUGGAACAAGAGCUAGCGAUGGCACGAUCUGCAAACACCCUCUUUUCUGUUAGCUUCAGCGAGCCUGGUGUGUACGUCCUUAAACUGAGCAGCAAUCAACAUAAGCAUCUGUAUGUAAAGGUUUUGCCUGCUGGAGGAGAUUGCUAUGACCUUGGACCAUUCUUUCCUACUGAUCCACAUCAUAUGAUACGAAUGGGUAUAAACCUCCAACGGCAGCUCCUGCUGCGACCGGAUUGGUGGGUGAUUGGAGGUCUCUUGGCUGGAGCUACAGUCGUUCUUUGCUUGUGUCUUGUAGUACUGAUCUUGUUAAGGGAACAUGGCUGGCCAGAAAAGCUGCCUGUUCAGGCCAGGUACCGGGAUUUACAGCUGAAGUACAACAUGGAUGACUAUUCAUCAAAAGGUUCCAGGGUCAUAGCACUGAAAAAGGCACACCGGAACCUCCUGGUUGGGAUGAAUGAGGAUCCAAUUUUGAGAGCUGUACCUAAAACAUUAGACGAGUUCUGGGACUAUGAGGAGCAGGUGAACCUGGAGGCUUUCAGUUCCAGCACCUUUUAUGAAAUCUUGCUUAAACACAGCGUGUCUGUUACCAGCCAGCUUGGGCAGCUCAGAGAAGAGGUGAAGCAGCUUUAUCAAGGAGUGCUGGAAAAGAUACCUGGGCUCCAGACUGACCGAGGGACUAUGGUGCUAGGGGGCAAGCUGGAGUGUUUAGAGCGGCAAGUGGAGCAAGAGAUUGUCCGCAGGAAAUGUCUGGGCACCCAGAUUUCCCACCUACUGGAAAGCCAGAUUCAGAUACUGCAGAAUGAGUCACGGUCUCAGCAUGCCAUGCACAAGGCUUUCUCACCAAUGCUCAGGGAAUGCUUUCGGUUGCUGAUGCUGGUUUCAGACAACAAGGCCUUUCUCUGGAACAAACAUGUCCAGCAAUGUGUUAUGGACAGAGUAACUGUGCUGGCUGACAAGAUGGCAGAGCUGGUCUCAGUGGAGGCGGAGAGGCAGGGUUGCUGGGUCGUGCUCAAACAGGCGACUGGAGCACGUCUUCUGUGCCCCAGUUCUGGCUCAAUCCUCGCUAGGGAUGACAUUAUUGCGCCUGAUGGGUCUAUCCGGGCAUGUGAUACUGUGCAUGUGGAUCCAUGCACAGGCCUCAUCCAUCCAAUCUCGAAUGCCUACAUGCUUCUUGCUAGUGGCCACAGCAUGUUUGUGCCCUCUGACUUCAUCCUGCAUCCUCAUACUGGCCGGGUGAUCCCCAUGGCGGGGAAUGUAGGAUUUGACCCUUCCAGCUCCGCCCUUGUCUACACAGCUGAUGCUUGUAUGGGUGAGGUUGGAAAAUGGGAGACACCUGUGAUUCCGUUCAUUCCCUACCCUUUAUCUCACCACUCAGAGCUGCUAGGACCAUCCAAGUUGAGAAGCCUCCAAACAGGCCAUAAGCUUGUAUUUGGGGGACCCAUGUAUGACUAUGAAACUGGUGUACUUGUCCCGAUCCUGGCAGUCACCAUUCACCCCCAUACAGGGAUGGUGUACCCAGUAGGUGGAGUUCAUGUGUGCCCUGUGACUCGACUCCAGCAGCCCAUUCAAAUUGGUUGUCCGAUGCUGGAUCCUCGCACAGGCAAUGUGGUGCUCAUCACAGGUGUUAGUAUGGACUCACAUACAGGUGCUGUGCUUCCAGUAGGAGGUCUCAUGCUGGGUGAAUCCUUCAUUGAGCCCUUGAGUGGCAGGCUGGCACGCACUGGUGGAGGCAGCAUUCGAGGAGGGAAAGUUGUACCACAUGCAGGGGGUUUUCAGUCUCUACUGGACAGCCAAGUUCUUUUUGCACGGGUGCGGGUAGUGGAGCUGAUACGGGCCUCCUGUGAAGAGUGGAAAUCUCGGGGUCAAGAGAUCCAAAAUGAGAUUAGCAGGGUGAAGGCAGCUGCCGCAGAUUUGGAGCAAGCUUGGAGGAACAGUCAGCACUGCAUGCUUCAGCUGCUUAGUUGUCUGGAGGCUCAGCAGGAGUGGGCCUGGUGGGUGGCUGAAGACGGAGGCAGUCUAGGUGAGAUCAAUCUUCCUGGCAGUGAACUAUCCCUGCCUGCUCUGCCAGGCUUGGAAUAUCCGGAUCCUGGGGGUUCUGGCUUGUCCGUCCCUGUUCUCGGAGAACAGCUGGAUUGGAUGUCAGGGUGUAUGGUGCCACUUGCUGGAACCAUGGAAGAUGCAGAUGGCAAGGGGCUGGUUCCUAUCCGCUUUGGGGCACAGACUGUAGACCCUGUAACGGGAGUUGUAGCUCCGGUGGUCGGAGCUCGGCUAGACGUGUGGAAGAAGACUGUAGUCCCAGUGACUGUGUCCCAGUUCCUGAGCAUAAGAGAGACCCCAGACAGUGUGCUGGCAGAGGCCUUACAGAAGGAGUGCAGCAUGAGAGCCCAGUUCUGGAGACAGCAGCGAGUAAAGGAGGAGGAACUAGUGGCAAAUUUAGACAGAGCUCAGCGAGACUUCCUUUAUACAUGCUUACAGGAGGAGUCAGAUAAUUUUGUCUGGACAGACACAGAGAAGCAAAUAAAGGAGGCAGCAGCAGAGCUUCAGGAUGCAGUCAAUAAAGAGGCUCAGAGAAGAAAUGCUGUGAAGUCAGAGCUCUCUCUCCUGCUGCCCGGACACAUCCUGCUGACUCUUACUGGAGGUGAUGAAGAAGAGUGGAAGCAGCAGCGUCAAUGGCACACUGAACUGACUGCAGUGUUGAACAGAGUCAGUGUGUUAAUGGCAAGGCAGCAGUGCGAGCAAGAUCGGUCCACAAAUCUGGGUGAUGAGCAACCGGAUGAAAAGACAAGGCAAAAGGAGCUGUGGGAGCAAUUAAAGCAGAGACAUGCCGAGCUCGAUGUUGCUCUAUCUUCAGUGCACUGGGCCUGUGAGCUCAGCCAGCUCCGUGCUGAUACUGCUGAGGCCAUUUUAUCAGGAUCAUUCUCAUAUAGGGAUUAUGGUAUGGUUCAGGCCCGAAGCAGAAAAAACCCUCUGAAAGCGAUGGUGCUGACUCAGCACAAAAUUCUCCCUCAGCUGAAGCACCUCAUUCAGCUGCUUGAGGAUGGCAAACUUUCCAGUCUCUUCAUCGGCACCCAGGGCCAUCAGAGCUCAGACCUGCCAAUGAAGCAGGCUUUUGACAGGGACACAAGCUCAAGAGCAUGGACUGUGUCAGUCCCUGUAGCUAAAGAUGCCAGUAGGUUUUGCUUUGCAGCAGUUUCUGCUUUGCAGCAGUUUCAUGUAAAGGCUUCAUCUGUGGGCGAGCUGAAUGGCUUAAAGCCUGUAUUGUCCAGAACAUCACCUACACACACAGAACAGGAUGUAAGCCCUGCUCAAAUCCAGGAUGCCCAAAAUCUCAAGGAGACACUUCCUGUGCACAUGAUAGUCCCCAAACUGUCAGGUGAGGACUGGGAGAGUUUGCUGGAACUCUCUCCACUCUUCCGGCUUGUGCAAGCUGUGGAACAGCGGCUCAGUGACCAAGCAAAAAGAGCAGGCCUUCUCAGUGGCGAGCACACAGGUUCAUGGUGCCCCUUUAUCGAUUUCUUGGAUGCGCAGUAUGAUUGUGAGGGAGAGCUUGUCAAAGUUGCUGAAGACACUCUUAAUCCCCGGGAGUUUCUCAUAUAUCAGCACGGCCAGCUUCUUCUCCAACUAUUACACAAACACCGAGUGGCACCAGCGGUGAAAUUACACCUUGCCUCAAGUCUUCCUACAAAUAACUACCACUGCAAUGCUUUCCGCAAUUCCUUUUAUUACCAGGAGAUGGAUAACACUCUGUACGUGCGCCAGCAGAGGCUGCAGUCUGUCGGAGGUUUCUCUCUGCUGCUUCUGCACUGUGCUGCUCACAUAUCUAUCGGCCAACUCAACGUUGACACAACUGCUGAUUUCCAAAGGGCUUUCUUUAAGGUCCUUCAAGUGUGUCUAAGUGAGUUGUUCAAUGCCAGAUUGGAGCUUGAUGCAGCUGAAGGAACAAAGCAAAGCACUGACUCAGCCCUUAAUAGCCUCGUUCUCAACAGAGUGCUGGCUCGAGACCCAGGAACAGUGUCUGGAAACCUGAAUGAGGUGGCCAGGCUGCUAGAGAAGCACAAAGAAAGUUCAGUGUUCAGGAAAGUUGAAUGCCUGCUGAGAGAUAAGAACCUGGAGGUCAGCCCAAACGAUGGGGAACUGCCAAUUAAACAUGGAGCAGAAGGCCAGGACACUGCACCAGAGUAAAGUGAUGAAUCAGGCUUGAAAUACGAGCACUGCUACCUUUCAGUGAAUGUGACAGAACCAACUAUCACAUCCAAACUAUUGUAGGACGCUCCAUGGGAGACAGAUGGCAGCCUAGAUGAUGGCUGUGUUUUGGACUGAGGAGAUUUGGGCAACUUCAAAAAAGAAGCACAAGGAAUACAUGUUAAAAACUUUACACAAAGUGGAAUAAUUUAAAUGCUAACAAACAAUUAAUUAGGAUGUGAAUGUAAUGUGAAUCAGUGCACAUUAUAAUAUAUAUAUAUAUAUAUAUAUACUAAAAGGUAAGGUCCUGUAUUGAGCACUGUGUUAUUAAACUAAAUAUCAGUAAAUGUUCUUCAUUGAAAAAAGUGAGGAAUUCUUUCAAUAUUUCAUAAACCAAGAUCCACUUUGACAUGAGGUUAUUACUGGAAAAAUAUAUACUGUAUAUCUCUCUAUGCUUCUCUUUAUUUAUAGCUCUUCUCUUUAUUUUCACCAAUGUUAAUAACAGAAAGACAGAUUCGGGGAACGUGUGACAGAUGAAAGUAUGCUUCAGAUAUAGAUGGAGUGUGUGAGAAAGCUAUGGA